CUCGUCACCUUUUCCCCCUGCCUUGCUUUGAUCCUGGAACCUCAAUUCAAUUGAGAGCUCCCUGUCACGCGGUGCGGUGCGUAGGAUCCCGCUUCCUCGAGCUCUCGCAUCUCGCAUCCUUCUUAAGUCGGGGGUUGUCUACCCGCUCUCUGCCUGGUCCUUCCUUUCGUUCGUCCCCUCCCUCCCCUCCCUCGUACUCCGCUUCCUUCCUCCAAUCCCCAGUGAAGGGCUCUCUUCCUUUCGCUUUCUUUGGAUUGAUCAUCUUGGAUUCCAUAGAGUCUGAUUCAUUAGGUGCACGGCUCUCAACUGUCAUCGGCUUCCCAGUCCCAAUUUCUCUCGGCGACAUCUCAAAUACCGAACCUUUCACGCUUCGACCCUCAUAAUGGCUGAAAGUCGCCGCGAAAGGAGACCCUCUGUUGGAGCUCCCGUCUCCGAGCUUCAGGGCCCUGUUGGCCCCAGCUUCAGCCGCCCCAAGCACAGACGUACUUUCACCGGCUUUGGUCCAGCCGAAAUCAAGAGUGUCGAGGCUAGCAUCCCUGAGCACCUGAGAGAGGCGUGGAAGAAACACUCUGCCAAUGGCUUUACCAACAAGGAAGACUUUGAAAGUGAGCUGGUUCGCCACAUUGAAACUACAUUGGCUCGCUCGCUCUACAACUGCGAUGAAUUGGCCGCAUACUCCGGAACUGCCCUAGCGUUCAGGGACCGCUUGAUUAUCGAGUGGAACAAGACCCAGCAGCGACAGGCUUCUGCAGAUCAGAAGCGGGUGUACUAUCUAUCUCUCGAAUUCUUGAUGGGAAGAGCCUUGGAUAAUGCCAUGCUAAACGUCGGCCUGAAGGAUGCUGCCCGAGAGGGCUUGAAGGACCUUGGGUUCCGUAUCGAAGAUGUCAUCAGCCAGGAGCAUGAUGCUGCCCUGGGUAAUGGAGGACUUGGACGCUUGGCUGCUUGUUUCCUGGACAGUAUGGCCACACUCAACUAUCCUGCAUGGGGCUACGGCCUUCGCUACCGAUAUGGUAUCUUCAAACAGGAGAUUGUCGAUGGCUAUCAGAUGGAGGUUCCUGAUUACUGGCUCGAUUUCAACCCGUGGGAGUUCCCUCGGCAUGAGAUCACUGUCGACGUCCAAUUCUACGGCUGGGUGCGGAAGUACCAGGAUGAGAACGGGAAGACCGUGAGCUCGUGGCAGGACGGUGAAGUCGUCCAGGCCGUGGCAUACGAUGUCCCCGUCCCUGGAUAUGGCACUCGCACGACAAACAAUCUACGACUAUGGUCGGCCAAGGCUUCUAGCGGAGAGUUCAAUUUCCAGAAAUUCAAUGCAGGCGACUAUGAGAGUGCAGUUGCGGAGCAGCAACGUGCAGAAACCAUCUCAGCAGUGCUAUACCCUAACGACAGCCUGGACCGCGGUAAGGAGCUCAGACUGAAGCAGCAGUACUUCUGGUGUGCUGCCUCCUUAUUUGACAUUAUUCGACGAUUCAAGAAGACAAAGAGAUCCUGGAGCGAGUUCCCCGACCAAGUUGCCAUCCAGCUCAACGACACACAUCCGACGCUGGCCGUUGUCGAGCUGCAGCGCAUCCUGAUUGAUCAGGAGGGCUUGGAAUGGGACGAGGCAUGGGGAAUCGUCACAAAGACGUUCGGCUACACAAACCACACCGUCCUGCCGGAGGCUCUAGAGAAGUGGUCUGUCCCCUUGAUGCAAAGCCUUUUGCCACGACACUUGCAGAUCAUCUUCGACAUCAACCUGUAUUUCUUGCAGUACGUGGAGAAGAAUUUCCCCGAGGAUAGAGACAUGUUGUCUCGGGUCUCGAUUAUCGAAGAGUCCCACCCUAAGAUGGUGAGGAUGGCAUAUAUCGCUAUCAUCGGAUCCCACAAAGUGAACGGAGUCGCAGAGCUGCAUUCAGACCUUCUGCGAACCACUCUAUUCAAGGAUUUUGUGACCAUCUAUGGCCCUGACAAGUUCACUAAUGUUACUAAUGGCGUCACCCCGCGUCGUUGGCUGCACCAGGCAAAUCCUCGCCUCUCUGAUUUGAUAGCUUCUAGACUGGGAGGCUACGAUUUCUUGACCGACUUGACCCUUUUGGACCAAUUGGAGGCAUUUGCCGAUGACAAGGCUUUCCAGAAAGAGUGGGAAGAGAUCAAGACUGCCAACAAGCUCCGUCUGGCAAAACACAUCAAGGAGACAACCGGGUACAGCGUGAACCCGACCGCGUUGUUCGACAUUCAGGUCAAGCGUAUCCACGAGUACAAACGCCAGCAGCUCAAUAUCUUCGGAGUCAUUCACCGAUACCUGAAGAUCAAGUCCAUGUCCGCCGAGGAAAAGAAGAAGGUGUUGCCACGCGUAUCGAUCUUUGGUGGCAAGGCUGCUCCGGGCUACUGGAUGGCGAAGACCGUCAUCCACCUGAUUAACAAGGUCGCCGCGGUUGUCAACGAAGAUCCCGACGUUGGCGAUCUUCUGAAAGUCAUUUUCGUGGCCGAUUACAAUGUCAGCAAGGCCGAGAUCAUCUGUCCUGCUUCGGACAUCAGCGAGCACAUCUCGACCGCGGGUACGGAAGGAAGUGGAACCAGUAACAUGAAGUUCGUCAUGAACGGCGGCUUGAUCAUUGGUACCUGCGACGGAGCGAAUAUCGAGAUCACGCGGGAAAUCGGCGAGCAGAACAUCUUCCUGUUCGGCAACCUCGCCGAGGAUGUCGAGGAGCUCCGGCACCGGCACCUCUACGGCAACUUCCAGCUGGACCCCCACCUGGCCAAGGUCUUCGAGGCGAUCCGCGGUGGGAUGUUCGGAGACGUGAACAGCUUCUCGGCGCUGUUGGCCUCGAUCGUCGAGCACGGCGACUACUACCUGGUUUCGGAUGACUUCAACUCGUACAUCACCACGCAGGACCUGGUGGACGAGUCCUUCCGCAACCGCGAGGAAUGGCUGUCCAAGUCCAUCAUCAGCGUGGCGCGCAUGGGCUUCUUCUCGACCGACCGUGUCAUCAGCGAGUAUGCCGAGAGCAUCUGGAACAUUGAGCCGCUUGUUAUCAAGGACUAGUUCGUGACAAAGUUCACGGCCGUGAUCGGGUUUGCGCGAGUGAAAUAGGGCGGGGAAGGAGGAGGAGGAGGAGGUGGUGGUGGUGGGGAUAAGGGAGUGAGGAAAAAGAGCUUCUGUAUGUGCUUAUGUUUUUGCUCCUUGCAUAGUUGUCAAUACCGCUGCGCUUGCUUUCUAUUCAUGAGCUUUACUUCCAUCGAUUCCAUUCCUUUGUACAAGAUACGUAUCUUGGGUAUAUUUCCUACAGGAUCGAUCGAUGCUAUCCACAAGAUUUAGAUACGUGAGGGAGAUCGAUGUAAGAACGCUACAGAGGGAAGGUGAGGCAAGGGCAAAGAAAAUU